AUGCCACCUGAUAGGGAUAUUUAUCUUGGUAUUAAUUUGGUGUUGGACACUCAGCCCAUAUCUAUUCCACCGUAUUACAUGGCUCCAGCUGAGUUGAAGAAGUUGAAGGAGCAGUUGCAAGAGUUGUUGGGUAAGGGGUUUAUCAGGCCGAGUGUUUUUCUUGGGGGUGCACCGUUGACCAAGUCGACACAUUUCAUUCUGGUUAUGACUUUCUACACUUUAGAAAAAUUGGCUAAGAUCUACAUCAGAGAUAUUGUUUGCUUUCAUGUUGUACCUGCCUCUAUCAUCUCAGAUCACGACACUCAGUUUACUUUUCAUUUUUGGAGCAAUGCUGCAUUUCAUCCUCAGAUGGAUGGGCAGUCUGAGCGGAUGUUAAGAAUGGCUCCGUAUGAGGCAUUAUAUGGGAGGUGGUGUCGAUCUUCGGCUGGUUGGUUUGAGCCUGGUGAGACAAGAUUAUUGGGCAGAGAUUUGGUUCUAGAUGCUUGGGAGAAGAAGAGUUAUCUUGAUAGGAAGGUUCAUAAUGUGGCUUUCAUGGAGGGUGAUAAGUUUCUUCAUAGAGUUUCGCCUAUGAAAGGCAUGAUGAGAUUUUUGAAGAAGGGAAAGUUGACUCCUCAGUAUAUUGGCCAGUUUGACAUCUUGGAGAGAGUUGAUGAGGUGGCUUACAAACUGUAUAUGCCACCUAGCUUGCUGGGAGUUCAUCUGGUGUUUUAUAUUCUCAUGAUUCAGAAGUAUCAUAAAGAUCAGUCACAUGUGUUGGACUUUAUCUCGGUGCAGUUGGAUGAGAAUUUGGCUUAUGAGGAAGAGUCGGUGGUCAUUUUGGAUAGGCAGAUCCGAGAGUUGGACCCAGCUAAGCUUUUGGAGACUGUAGCUGCUGCUAUGGAGACCCGAGGUACAACUGCAUCAUGA